AUCGCAAAACGGGCCAAAAACCUCUUUGGUGUCUCUUAACUCGUGUAAAAAUUCUUCGAACGUGAGAAAUCGCCGUUAUCGUUCGUUCUCGUGCCGCCAUUGUUGUGUUAGUGCGUAGCCAUCUUGUCGCGACCAUCUUUUAUAAACAAAAGCCAGCCCCGUUGCAAUGGCGGACCACCAGAACAUCAUGUGCGAGGUGGAGAUCCAGCCCGAUAUCCAGGAAUGCGUCGAGAUCGAGUCGAUGCCGGUGGACAUUUCCGACACCGUCGAGACGAUCGUCGAGUGCGGCGAGCCCAUGAUCUCGAUGCAGUCGCUGGAGGGCCGCGACAUCAUCCUCGAGGCGCAGGAGGAGAUCAUCGACGACUCGGGCGACCCGCUCAACAUCUACGACGUGCCGGUGCCCGACGCCGCCGACCUCUACGUGGAGGCGGCGCCGGGGCCCUCCAAGCGCCGCAAGUCGCCGGCGAAGCGGGGCGUCCUCGCGCGCCGCGACAACGAAAUGCUCCUCGGCGACGUGCACGAGACCAAGCCGCGCAAGUGGGAGCAGAAGCAAGUGCAGAUCAAGACGAUGGAGGGCGAGUUCUCCGUCACGAUGUGGGCCUCGGGGGCCAGCGACGAUGAGGGCUCGAACCCGGAACCUGACCCCGACUACACGGAGUACAUGAGCGGCAAGAAAAUCCCCGCCGACGGCAUUCCCGGCCUUGACCUCUCCGACCCGAAACAAUUGGCAGAAUUCGCCCGACCCGGCCUUAAGAGUCCCCGCGUGCGGCGACCGAAUCAAGACACCACUGACCGCACUAUCGCUUGUCCACACAAAGGUUGUAAUAAAAUGUUCCGAGACAAUUCCGCAAUGCGCAAACACUUACACACACACGGGCCCAGGGUGCACGUGUGUGCAGAGUGUGGCAAAGCGUUCGUAGAAUCUAGUAAAUUGAAGCGACAUCAGUUGGUACACACGGGGGAAAAACCGUUCCAGUGCACGUUCGAGGGGUGUGGCAAGAGGUUUAGUCUCGAUUUUAAUUUAAGGACGCAUGUCAGGAUACACACGGGUGAUAGGCCAUAUGUGUGCCCGUUCGACGGGUGCAAUAAAAAAUUCGCACAAUCAACUAAUUUAAAAAGUCAUAUUUUGACACAUGCGAAAGCAAAAUCUAGGAAUAAUAUGGCACGAAAUACGAAUAAUAUGCAAAUGUUGCAGUCGCAGUUCGUGCAAGUCGAAGUCACCGAUCCUGAAUAUAUUGUUUAUACGGAUUAAGGCGUCAAGUUGGUGGUACUGACUGAAGUUCAAAUCAAGUUAUCCACGAUUUCAUUUUUAACCAAAUUAGCUAUUGUGCACAUGAUUUUUUUGAAAUUCUACGACGAGUACAAUGACUGAAUUCUAUUCAGGUAAUUAGUUUUGUUACAAAAGCAGUUAACGUGUAUUUAUCUAAAUUAUUUUAAUUAAGCGAGUUCUAAAACAAACUCAGUGAGUUGUUAAGAAUAUAUCAACAUCUUUUCCUAAUGUACAUAAGAAAUGAAUAAAUAAUUUUCCAAUA